AGCCAUGAGUUCUUGAACCUGGCUCAAAUUGGGAGAUUUUGAAUGCCAUGGGUGCACACUGUGUUGAAAACACAGCUUGAGGCAAACUCUCAGGCAGAAAAAUAGAAGGAAAGGACGGACAAGAGAGACGUUUCUGGCGCUUGUGUGAAUACCAGAGCUGAUUUUAGAGCCAUGCUCUACGAGCCGAUGUCACAGCCACAGCCUUGUGGUUACGAGGGAGGCUACUUGCACGGUCCCGGUUGGUCAUUUGAGCAAAGCCACCUCUGUGGCAGCCAAGUUCCACUGCCAACUGAACGUCCGAAGCGAGGUUCUGAGGUCAGUGAAGAGUGGGAUGUUUUAGCACCCCUGAAAAAGCUGCGAUUGACCGAAACUCCGCCUUUACCAGAAGCAGAAGACAUGGCUGUGGAUGAUGCAGAGCGGAAUUCUGGGCCUAGUGGCUCCCCAACUGCCAUGACGGACUCUGAGGAUGCGCAUGGUUCUAGCAAUCCCUUUGCCAAGCAAGGAAGCAAAACAGAAACCUUGCAGGAACGGCGAGCCAAGAUCCAGCAACGUGCGUGGGAGGAAAUGCGAAAGUACAGGCAAGCUCUUCGGAACUGCGAGGGUGGGAUGGUGAUCAGGGACUGCGCCUAGUGCCUAGCAUUUCCAAGCAAUGUCUGGUGCAAGAAAGCUCAGUUUGUACAGGUUUCAAGUUGCACUUUCAGCCGUGAUGCUGAAAA